ACAGUGUUACCAAAAAUAUUAAUCGCGAAACUUGGCUGAAUACAUAUUUAAACAGUGCACAACAUGGAUGUUGAUUUAGGAUUUGCUGAGGAGCCUACCAGCGCCGCCUGGCUCAGCAAUCGCUACUUUCCCAGCAAAUUGGGAGGCCGACCUGCCUGGCUGGAGCUGGAAGCACUGCCGAGCACAGCUCAGUUGCAGUGUAAAAAGUGUCAAUCACAAAAAGCUUUCCUCUGCCAAUUGUAUGCAGCCUACGAGGAUGAGUUCAAUUUCCAUCGCAGCAUUUACGUGUUUGUGUGUCGCAAUGCCGACUGUCAGCAGGCCAACAAGGCAGAGAACUUUACAGUGCUGCGCUCGCAGCUGCCCUUGAAAAACAAGUUCUACUCGGAGCAGGAGCCUUCGGAGGAUGGAGAUCCCUUACCAGCUAUACCCAGUAUGAAAAAACUGUGUGCUGCUUGUGGCUGCUUUGCCCCGCACACCUGCAGCCGCUGUAAGGAGAUCAACUACUGCUCCGCAGGACACCAGCGAGCACACUGGAAGCAACAUAAGCCAUACUGUGGAGCCUUAAAGGCAGCUACUAUAUCCGACACGACGCUGCCAGAAGUUGCAUUUCCUGAAUAUGAAAUAGUUAUGGAGCGUGAUUCAGCAAGUGAAGUAGCUGAAAAGGAUGAAGCGGUGUGUCUGGCGGAAUAUGAGGAGCUCUCGGCCAGCGGCAAAACGGGUGAACUCAACGAUGUCUCCGAAAAAGAACUGGAUAAAUACUUUGGCAAUGCGGAAGCUACAGAAGACAAAGCCUUCAAGCGGUUCAAAAAGCAAACGGCAGCUGAGCCCGAGCAGAUUGUGCGAUACAAGCGCGGAGGAGAACCGCUAUGGAUAGCCAACACUGCGGAUACCAUUGAAAGUCAGCUACAGAAGCUGCCCAGCUGCAGUCACUGUCAGGGACCACUUCAGUUCGAGUUCCAAAUAAUGCCACAAAUGCUGGUGCCGCUCAAGGACGACAGCUUGGAUUGGGGCGUUGUGGCAGUCUAUACCUGUGCCCGCAGUUGCAACAUCAGCGGCUACGUGGAGGAGCAUAUAAUCAAACAGGACAUUAUUGCAGCAGCUGAAGAACAGAACUGAUGUGUAUACAAAUCAAUUUUAUUUGUAAAUGACGAAACAAAUUAAAUUACGGAUUAGGAUCGAUAUGAACAC